AUGCCUCCUCCUCCUCCUCCUCCGCCUGCGCCGGUCACGAAAAGGCCCGAGACGGGACCCGCAACGAAGGAAGAGAACAUCUACAUCCCCUCUUUCAUCAGUAAACGUCCCUUUUAUGCCGGCGACGACGAAGACGACAAUGACUACCUCAAGCAUCAGCGCCGAGAGCAGAAGAAGGAGAAGUCGCAAUGGUAUGACCGCGGCAAGAAGGCUGGACCGGCUGCCACCAAAUUCCGCAAAGGAGCAUGCGAGAAUUGCGGCGCCAUGACGCACAAGGUCAAGGACUGCCUCAGUCGGCCGAGAGCCAAAGGCGCUAAGUGGACGGGCAAAGACAUCCAGGCAGAUGAAGUCAUCCAGGACGUCAAGCUUGGAUGGGACGCCAAGCGCGAUCGCUGGAACGGCUAUGACACGAAGGAGUACCGUCACGUGGUCGAAGACUUCAACCAGAUGGAAGAACUACGGAAGCGAGUACAGAAGUCGGAUGACGGCGGCGAUGAGGAGGAAGACGGAGGCGACAAGUACGCUGAAGAGAACGACAUGAGCAAGCACCAGAGCACAGCCACACGUCAGCUGCGAAUACGAGAAGAUACAGCCAAGUACCUCCUCAACCUCGAUCUGGAGUCGGCGAAAUACGACCCCAAGACCCGUUCCCUUGUCGACAGCGGCGCGACCAAGGAUACGAGCGCGGAUCUGUUCGCCGAGGAGGGCUUUCUGCGCUCCGCAGGCGACGCUGAUGCCUUUGAGAAGGCGCAGCGGUACGCCUGGGAGGCUCAGGAGAGGAGCGGCGACACAUCACAGCACCUACAGGCCAACCCUACGGCAGGCGAGUUUUACAGGAAGAAGGAGGCCGAGCAAACGGAGAAGCUGCGUGCUGAGAGGGAGAGGAAGCUUCUGGAAAAGUACGGCAGCACGGAUCAAAAGGACAUGCCCGCCGCGUUGAGAAACAUGACGGUGACCGAGUCGGAAUCCUUUGUCGAGUACGACGAGGCUGGCUUGAUCAAGGGCGCGCCCAGGAAGAAGGCCAAGUCAAAGUACGCCGAGGACGUCCUCAUCAACAACCACACCUCGGUCUGGGGAAGUUGGUGGUCGAAUUUCAAGUGGGGAUACUCUUGCUGCCACUCGUUUGUCAAGAACAGCUACUGUACGGGCGAAGAAGGCAAGCAAGCCUGGGAGGCGGCAGAGAAGCAGCGCUCAGGAGCCAAUCUGGGUGAAGCUCCCCCAGCUGCAGAGGAAGAAGAAAAGGGAGACAAGGAGGAGGAGAAGAAGGAGGAAAAUUCUGCUGGUGACGACGAUAAGGAUGCUAACGGUGGUGCAUCCAAAAAGCGCACCAGGGAAGAGAUGCUCAACGGUGUCUCUGAGGCGGAGAUGGAGGAGUACAGGCGCAAGAGAACGGCGGCCAACGAUCCAAUGGCCAAGUUCCUGGGCAAGGACGAACUGAUUGAAUAA